AUGCGCAUGCAGCCGGCGUUUCAAACAUCAGUGCUAAACGCAAUCAGUUGGGACAAUCUGCCUCUUCUCACAAUGGAGCUGACUGCUAAGAGGAAUGCAAUGAACGCUGUGCAUCAUAGUUUGCUGGCGGAAGCGAACUAUUUCAAAUUCACCCUCGUCGGAUGUUAUAACUUACCGAACAUCAAUCACGGGUUUACCGUUUACACAGCAGCAUCGAAGACAACCAUGUUCAAUGAAACGAAAAUGAGCAUCAUCAAGUUCGACGAAGGGUACAGGGAUCCAAAACAUUUUACCGACACCAGCUUCUAUCCAAAAUGGGAAAGUUUAAGACUUGAUGACAGUAUAAAUUCACAAAACCCCGUGAAAUUGGACUACGGACUAAAUUCCAUACAAAAUGACAAUGGAAUAUUUUUGGAAAAAUAUUUAACCGAGUCAUCUAAAUGUACUUUCUUCUUCCACUUCUACAGGCUUCUUUCUAAAGGCUGUAUCAUAUUGAAGAAAGAUCCAGAGGCAGCGGAGCAAUUCUUCUUAGCCCUAUUAUUCUUUCAUCCAUUCUGGCUGGUUGGUUUGAUAGCCGCUAAUGCGUUCUUCUUAAAAAGGGAAUAUUUCGAAAUAGCUGACAAAAUUAUGGAGUGGGUUAAAAGAACCAAGGCCGAAGGCUCAUCAGAGCUGUUAAAUAUUGCACGAGCCUGGGAGCACGAGUUGGGCGAUUGGUGGGAGUCGACGCCCCUUCUGCCAGGCACCAGUUUGUACUACGACGCCGCGGACCUACUGUUGAGGAUACGCGCGAUAAAUUUAGCGGAAGUUUGCAUCGCACAAGCUUUCACGAAAUAUGGCGGGUGCCCAGUAUAUUACCAUCUGCUAGCGUUGUGUUGCCGCCUUAGAGGAGAUAUUGACAAUGCCCUGUGCCACAUUCAAGAGGGGAUCAAGAAGUUUGGCGAGAAAAGUUUCUUACGGGCAUUGGAGGCGGAAUGCUACCACGUCCAGAAAAACAACUCAGCGUCUGUCGCUUCUUUUGAAAAGGUUGGCGCGAAUUGUGGCUCUUACUGUACACUCCUCUCGAUCUUGAGCGGUGGUUCGGAACGGUCUCGGCUUCUGCUAGCGGAGUUGUUACGUCGUCAGCCCAGUGCCUACUCAUGGCUGGCUUUCGCCGACGAAUGGCUCGCGUUGGCAAAAGAAGAAAGAAAAAAGACCCGUUCUUUGGAUUACGAGUCUUCAGCUGUUAAGUAUGCGAUCGCGUGCGCCACUGAAGCGCUUAAGAUAGACAAGAAGGCGGGGCGGGCGUGGGCAUUGCUCGCGAAACUAGUGACGCCAACAGCAAGGAAAGUCUACUGCGCAAGAAUGGCCGUUGCAGUAAAAACCCCUAUUUUUUUAAACCCUUAUUUCGAAGAUAUG